AUGCUCUUCAAGAAGUCUUUCCUUGCCGCCGCUGCGGCCAUCGGCCCGGUUCUGGCUCAUUCCUCAUCACAGCCCCAGACCAAGGCCCCCCAAGCCAUUGGAAACCUCAACCUCUACUGGGGACAGUAUGGCGAUACCUCCGACCGGCUGUCCAGCUACUGUGACGCCGCUGGUGUUACCUCCGUCUCCGUGUCCUUCGUCACCUACUCUCCCAAGAACAGCGGUGGAUAUCCCGGUACCAACUUCGCCGGCCACUGCGGUGGCGAGGUCUACUACAAAAACCCCAAGACGGGCGAGGACACAAAGUUGAUCAUGAACUGCGACUACAUCAGGCAGGACAUCAAGUACUGCCAGACCAAGGGUAUCAAGGUCCUUCUGGCCAUUGGCGGCUACUGCCCGACUGGUGGUCCCUGCAGCUACGACAUUGACAGCGAGGAUCAGGGCCACCAGUUCGCCGAGCUCUUGCACAAGACAUUCGGUCCUUAUGACCCGACCUGGACCGGACCCCGUCCCUUUGACAUCAGCAGCACCGAGCACGUUUCCAUUGAUGGCUUCGACUUUGACCUCGAGUUCAAGUACCCCGACCAGAAGCCCUGGAUCAAGAUGGUUGAGAAGCUCCGCAGCGUCGGAAUCUACCACAUCUCUGCUGCCCCUCAGUGCCCGACUUCAGACACCUGGUUCCAGCUCAAGGAGCUCAUCUACAACGCCCAGUUCGACUCCCUCUUCAUCCAGUUCUACAACAACCCCGGCUGCCAAGUCUCCGACACCCCCAACUACGAUGACUGGGAGACCGUCAUCUCGCAGACCUCCAAGAGCAAGGACGCCAAGCUCUACAUCGGCGUCCUCGCCAGCCCCGGCUCGGGCUGGAACGGCUACGCCCCUCCCUCCACGAUCAAGGACCUGAUCUGCAAGUACAAGAGCAAGCCGCACUUUGGAGGCGUCUCCAUCUGGGACGCCACCCGCGGCGUCAUGAACCAGAUCAACGGCCAGACCUUCCACGAGGCCGUCGCCGAUGCCCUCAAGUACGGCUGCGACCCGAUUCCUCCCAAGACGUCCACCACCAGCGUCUCGACCUCGACCUCGACCUUGGUCUCUUCGACCAGCACCUCGUCUGCUAUCGUUUCCACCACUUCUUCGGCAAGCUCCAGCUCCGUCUCCAGCUCCAUCUCUAGCUCCGAGUCUGUUAGCUCCACUUACUCCGCAUCGGCUUCGGCUUCGUCGUCGGCCUCCGUCUCCGUCUCGGCCACGGCUUCAGUCACCGCUUCCGCUUCCGACUCUGCGCCUACCAGCGCUUCCGCUUCCGCUUCUGCCUCCGCUUCCGCGUCGGCAUCUGAUUCUGUCUCGGCGUCCGGAUCCGUCUCUGCCAGUGGCUCAGCUACUGGCUCCGCUACGGCGUCUGCAUCUGCAUCUGCGUCUCCGUCUGCAUCUGCGUCUCCGUCUGCUUCCGCCUCUGACUCGGCCACCCAUUCCAGCACCAUCACUUCGCUGAGCAGCAGUGCCAGCGCGAGCGCCUCCGCAACCAAGUCCGCCACCACCUCCGACACUUGCGAUGAGGACGACGAGGACUUCCCCACCACGACUCUGAGCACCUCUCACUCUGCUACUGCCACGCUCACCGGCAGUUUCACCGGCUCCACUGGCACAGUCUACACCACCAAGAUCACCACCGUCACCUCUUGCAAGCCUGAGGUGCCGUGCACAAAGGGCCAGGUCGUUACCGAGACCAUCCCGUGGUACACCACCGUCUGCCCCGCCACGGCAACGUCGUCUGCUGUUGCUGUGCCCACGACCACUGCUCCUCCUCCCCCUCCCCAGUGGACCACAAGCACGGUCUACACGACCAAGACGUACACCAUCACCUCGUGCGCCCCCGACGUCCCCUACUGCCCCGUCGGCCAGAUCACCACCAAGGUUGUCCCCGCCUACACCACGGUCUGCCCGUACACCAGCACAACUCCCAGCGGCAGCAAGCCUUCAGGCGAUGCCCAGAGCCCACCCAAGCCUUCCGGCGAUGUGCCUCAGCCCCCCAAGUCUACCGGCAAGGCUCCCAAGCCUCCUGUUAGCCAGGGAGGCGACAAGCCUUCCGGCGACAUUCCCAAGCCUACUGGCGGCCAGGGCGGUGGCAAGCCUUCCGGUGACGCUCCCGCUCCUCCCAAGCCGACCACGACCCCCGCCGGCCCUGGCGGAGAGAAGUGCCCCGGCGGAAAGAACUGCCCGGGUGCUGAGGAGGACAAGACGACGUUCAUCUACACGACGCUGACGGUCCCUGUUACGGUCGGCAGGUACAACUCCACACUCCCGGGUACGGGCUCUAACUACAAGCCCACCCCCACGGGCGGAUUCCCCAGCUAUACGACGGCUGCCCCGGUGCCCAGCAAGCCCGUGCAGGCCGGAGCCGCCAAGAUCGGUGGCUUUGGCAUUGCGGGCCUUGUUGCCGUUGCUGCUGCUUUUGUCCUGUAA